AUGGCCGAGCUCUUCUCAUCAUCCAGCUGGUGCCAAUCAAGUUCGGAGCUGUUCGCGCCGGCCGAGGCCAAUACCGCAGAACGAAAUCAAAAAUUACCUGUUGCCAGAAUACUGAGACCCAGAACCUCCCCCCAAACAUAUCUCCAAAGCAGCUCGUCAGGCUUGGUCAUGGAUGAAUUCGACUUCAAUUUGGCGCCUCCUGAGUUUCAGGAGAUAAGAUGGGUGGUGGGCUCGAUUUUCAUCGUCUCGGGAACAGGAUGGCUGGUGAACUACUUCACCACGAUCCGGACGGCCUUGCGCGAUCGCACCUCUGGAGUGUCCCUGUUUUCACUGUGCAAUAAUCUUGCCUGGGAAACGGUGUUUGCUGUGAUUCAUCGCCCACCCCAUCUGGUUGCGGCUGCCGUCAUUACCCUAUGGCUGCUGGUCAAUGUUUACGUGAUCUACGUCUCUGUGAAGUUUGCGCGCGAAUCCGGGCCUCAUUCGUCUCCAUUGGUGAGGUAUCUACCUGCAAUCACGGUGCUGGGUUUUUUGGGCUUCCUGUCGGGUCAUAUUGCUCUGGCGAUGCAUCUGGGUCCAACGAAAGCUCUUUACUGGGGAGGGAUGAUUUGCCAAGUAACAUUGAGUGCAAGUGCGCUGAGCCUACUCAUUGAGCGAGGGCAUACGCGUGGUGCUUCCUUUGGCAUGUGGCUCUCUCGAUUCACUGCGUCCAGUUUUGGUGUACCCGGGCUUUUUGUUCGUGCUGUGUAUUGGCCUUCCGCAUGGGGCUGGGCGAAUAGCAUCCUGAUGAGGUGGCUUUCAGGCGCUUUUUUUGUCUUGGAUAUCUCGUACGGGAUUGUCUACUACUAUAUUGCUCGCUCGGAACGUCAAGCACUUGGUGGGCGUAGUACGAUUAAGCGGGAGUAA